GUAAAACUGCCUUUGCUUUCGGCAUUUUUGCAAAUCCACACAAUAACAUACAGUAUAUUUGUAAAGAAACAGGCUAACAUACACUGACUACUUAAGAAGAAAAGACCUUUGCAGAAUGAAGAUCUCUUCCAUCGUUCUGACUAUUUCAUGGUUGCUGUGGCCAGGAGAAAUGAAAGAAUGGCCUAGACACACAAUGUGCAAGACAAAGGACUUUGAAGCCUAUUAUAAGAGUUGUGAUCCUUUGCAAGAUGUAGGAAUCAGCUUUAAUCCUUGUUCCAGAAAUCUUAAACAAAAUAUAAUAGCCAAAGUUGGAUUAAUUUUAAGGCAAGAUGUAAAUUUGCUUUACUCAAAUACAAAGAUUUAUUACAAAGGAACAUACCUAUUCCAUGAGGAAAAACCCUUAUGUGAGAAAACAGCCCCUCAGUUUUCAUUCUGUGGAAAGAAAAAAGGAGAAUUUAUAUUUUACAAUCAUUCAGUAAGAUUUGGAAUUUCAUCUCUACCCAAAAUCUGGACAGUUAUGCAAAUAUAAUACUUUUGGGAGAAUAUCUCAUACUGUUGGAGUUUGUGAAUGAACAGAAUUAUAAAAUAGCUUGUGUAAACUUCACUGUAUACAGUAAUCCUCUAGAUUGAUCCAUUGGUAAUGGCAGUAAAAUCUAUAUUAAAAUGUCUAAAUGUAAUCAUAUGAGCUAGGCUCUGUUCUCAUUUAGGAUUAGCUGAUUUGGCUUUAAAAAGAAUGGAAGUAAUGACACUAAUGUGAACAGAGCCUUACCAGUAAUAAUGUAAUACUCACUUUGAUCUACCGUGAAGUAUUCUAUGUGAUGAAGCAAUGAUUCCAGCCUCCCCAGCAUGACAUACUCAGUUCAGUAUUCCGUAUUCAAUCCUUUAUUUAAAUAAAGCACCAAAUUAUAAACAC